AUGACACUGACGAAAAAAGGAUUGAAAAUAGGCCACCUGAAAUUCCACUGGAUGAUUUUAAGAUAUUGUUGAAGUAUUGGGCAGAUGAAGGAGUUCAGUCACUUGCAGAGGAUAAUACAGCACGUCGUCAUUCUUAUGUUGACCCCCACACACUUGGUCGUAAAACUCUUGCUGAACUUAAAGAUGAACUGAAAAGUAAAGACCCCAAUCUUGCCUCUCCCUCACAAGCUAAAAUCUAUGUGAAAAGUCGUAAGCACAAAAAGGGGCACAAGUACAAGUCAAAUAGGAAAGCAAUCAACAAAAGAAUUGAUUCCAUUGACGAGAUGCUGAAAGAAGGAAAUGAUGCAGAUGUGAUGCUUCCCGGAGGCAAACAUGGGGCAGAUUGGUUGGUAGGAAGGAAGGGCACAGCAGUUGCCUUGGAAAAAAUUCACGCUAUUCCAGAACCUUAUGUUGAUGAGUUGACUGCAAAGAUAACUCAAAAUCUGGAGAAUGAAAUGGAAGCCAAGGUAAACAGAAAAGUCCAGGAGAACAUGGCUUGGUUGCUAAAAAAACUAGGAGAGGCAAAUCCUAGUAUGAAAUUUGAUAUUGGAGACUUUUGUGCGACCUUCUCAAGUGAUCAAGACGAGAAUGGCACACCUAUCACUCCCGCCACUCAAACUCCUGGCACACAAGGCGGCACUUCUUAAAUAUGUUAUCGGAUUUGCCUUUAUCAAACUUAGUUACUUUUAUGCUCUUGUACCUUGGUAGACAGUACUUUGAACUGUUAUUUAGUACUUAUGUCGUAAUUUGGAUAUGCAGUAUUUUGGAGAAGUUGGUGUAGGAAAUGAGACUAUUUGGAGUAGUUGGUUUUGGAGUACUUUUGUCAUGUACUGGAAUUGGUUUGGUUUAGAGAUGA